AUGCCAGCUCUUUUCGACACAGAAGGUGUAGUAAAUUUACUCGAUGAAGCCAUUCGCGAAUGGCCCGAAAAAUUUCAAACAACAACGGAUGAAUUAUUAGCAAAUAUUCAAAGAUUAUUCGGUGUUUGUACACAAGCAUUAAUUGAAUUAUCUAAUUGUACGGAUGACAACGAACAAGGAGUCAAAGAUCAAGCAAAUUCCGAACGUAUUGUAUCGAAAGUGAGAGAACUAAGACAGUCACUUGGUAGUCGAUGGCCAGAAAUCUAUAAUAGUUUUGGCAGAGAUAUUUUUAAUGUUGAUACAUACCGGAUCGAAGCAGCAGAGUAUUUUCAACCUAUUCCAUUCUAUCCUGAUGAUGAUACUAUUGUCAAGUUUUAUCGUUGGUCAGUUUAUGAUACGAAUGGUACAAUUGUUUGUCGUUACUUCCUCGAAAAGAGUGAGAUUAUGCCUGGACAACCGUAUUUUGUUCUAGGAAAAACGUUCCCUUCUGGUCAUGCGCAAAUUAGACCAUACGGCAGUCUUCAACCAAACUAUAAUCAAAUGAAAAUUCAUCUUAUUGAAAAUUUAAAAGGUCAAGGUCCUCCUCCAGCUGCUUCUCUUGUAAUACCAUCAUCGAAUUCAUCAUAA